AUGAAACGGCGACAAAAGAGGAAACAUCUGGAAAUUGAAGAGUCAAAGGAAACUGGAAUUUCAAAGUCACAAGAGGAUAUCUCUCAGCCCGAAUCCACUGGAGUGGCCAAAGCCCAGAGCCCAGGGGUAGGGGAGGUCUCCUCUGCCUCCGAAUACUUCUCCUGUGUUUCUUCUCCACACAAGCUCAUCCAUCGUAGUAAGGGAACCCGGAAAUUGCUACAAGACAGUUCCAAGCCUAGAUCACCACUAGAGCAGGUCCCGGAAGGAGAGGCGACUACUGCCCCCUCACAGCAGGCCUCCUCAUCCUGUCCAUCUUAUAAGACUUGUGUGUCCUCUCUGUGUAUGAACAAAGAGGAGAGGGGGAUGAAAAUAUACUACAUGCAGGUGCAAAUGAAAAAAGGUGUGGCCAUCUCCUGGGACACAAAGGAAACCUCAGAGUCCCUAGAAAAGCAGCCAAGGAUGGAAGAAGCCACCCUUCCUGAGGGUGUGUGGGUAGGUACUCCACCCUCUGAUGUGUCCACCAGAAACCUCCUGUCGGACAGUGAACCCAUUGGGGAAGAGAAAGAACAUGAGGAAAAACCAGAGUCAGACAGCCCACCAGGGUCUCCCAUGGUUGAAGAGAGACCCAGGGCCAAGACACCUGACUGGCUGGUGACCAUGGAGAAUGGCUUCAGGUGCAUGGCCUGCUGCAGGGUCUUCGCCACCAUGGAGAGCCUCCAAGAGCACGUGCAGUACGGGAUCAGGGAGGGCUUCAGCUGCCACGUCUUCCAUCUCACCAUGGCUCAGCGGAUCGGCAACAUGGAAGCAGAGAACACCCAGGAGGAGGAAGAGGACCACAACGAGGAGAAAGAGAAACCCAAGGAGAAGGCAGCUGAGGAGCCGCAGCCCACAGAGGACGAUGUUGGUGUGAAGAAACCCUGGAGCCAAUGUCCAGGCUGUGUGUUUGACUCUCCAAAGGACAGAACAACUGAGAUUCCUGGGUCAGAAGAACCUGCAAGAUGGGGUGGCCCUUUCUUGGGAGAGGAAGAAGAAAGGACCAUCGAGACAACAGUGGCAGCAGACAGAAUGCCAGUAGUGUGA